AAGGAGUAGGAGGAAGACACGACGUUUGGCGACUUCACCUUUCCUGCAAUCAAAGAUCGGCAGUUCCGAGGUAGUCCACUGCCCGAAAACGUAACCUUACAGCUCAACAGUGAUUAAAGAAUCGAAAAAUUAAAGGAAAGCGUACUUAUGAUUUGAUCUCUCUAUCAUAUUAUUCUCCUCCCUUUCUUUCUCCUUUAUGUAUGAGUAAGAAAGUUGGGAAUAUUUCAACCCAAAGAGGCUGUAGAUUGGGCCAAAAAACCUCAAUAAAAUAGAGGUGUUCUGUUCUCCCUGCUCCAUCUGCUUUAGAAUCAGAGUCUAUUCUAUUCAGUGACUCCAGUUAUUUACCACUUUAAUCUUACAUCUUCAGUUUCCUUGCCCCAAGUAUAAACAAAAACCCUAGCUGUCGUCCAUCGCUCUUCUUUUCUGUGCAAUCAAAGCUCUCCAAUCAGUGAACAUGGACGGGUACGGGUACGGUUCGGGUCAAAAGGGUGACAGAAGGCUGGAGAUUGUGAGCGGGAAGGGUUUUGGGUUUGGCAAUAGCAACCAGAUCUUCGCGACUCGGCCACACUCACCCAAUGUGGCUUCGAUUCCGCCUCGGCGGAGUCUGAGCAGUUCGUCAAAGCCCUGGGGGGGGUUGACUGAUCCUGAAAUGAAAAGAAAGAAACGGAUUGCCAAGUACAAGGUUUACACGGUGGAAGGUAAAGUCAAGGCUUCUUUGAGGAGAGGGAUCUGCUGGAUCAAGAACAAGUGCUCUAAGAUCAUACAUGGAUACUAGUUGGAAUUACCGGCGGUUCUGAUUCUUACACGUCGGAUGCACUGUCAUAUCUAGUGGUUCCUGAUUGUGAUGUGGCGGGCAGCAUUGUUGCUGGAAAUUGGUAAGCACUGGCAUCGAUUUUUUCUAAACCUUAAAUGCUGGAUCUCUGGGUGUUUUUCUCUGGGUGUUUCUGGUGGGUCAAAUAUUUACGGGAUUCUUUAAGUUGGGAAAUUUUCAUAGAUAAUAGACUCGAUUGCUAUUUUCUUCUUCUUUUUUUUGUAUGUAUGCAAUGGCUUAGAUUGCUGCUUUUUGUUGAUCACAACUGUUCUGCGUUUUCAUUUGUAAUUUCGAUCAAAGAUUAAUACGAAAUCUUGCGAAGCUCCU